AUGUGGGAGACUGAAGAUGAGGGAGGGGCGUAUAGGACUCCUUCCAGGAGCUCGCGGCGAUCUUCUCGCCAGAAAUCAUCAUCACCGCCUCCAAACCAAGGAUCAAAGGAUAUCACAAGAGACGAAAGUCGGAACUUACAGCGCAAUAGUAUUUCCAUACUCGACCCUCGAAGGUUUACCCCAACAUUACACGCGAACUUGGUUUCCGAGAUUCUAGCCCUGCGGAGAGACCAGGAGGAGAAGAUCAAAACAAUUGAAAGCUUGGAGUCGUCAUUGCAUAAUACCCUAGGAGAACACGAAGAAGUGGAAACCAACCUUGGAGCUACCGCGAAGGAAAAUCGGUCGCUAAAGCGUCAAUUGGCAUUAUUGGAAGGAGGAACGUCUUCAGCACUUUCUGAACUUGCUAGAGAACGUGAUGACGCUGCGGAAUCCAAUAAUGACAUGAAACGGAGGUUGGAAACGGCGCAAAAGAAAAUCAAAAGCCAGGACGACGAGUCCGACCGAGUCCAUGAGCUGUGGGAGAGAGAUAAAGACAAUUGGCAAGACGAUAGAAGGAAGCUGGAGCACAAAGUUCAUGUGGCUGAGGGACGAUUGCGAGCUGUACUCGACGAAGUUGCUGCGUAUCAAGCAAACCACCAAAAUGCACAGCAGCAGCCUGAAAGUGAAGCAGAGGAGAUGUCUCGAGAUCCUGUCCAGAGUGACACUGCCAGUGUGCGGAGCAUGAGCAUGACCAAUAGUAUUCGAUUUUCAAUGCUGAACGGCCCCAAUGGUGGAACAAAACUGAACGGGAUCAGCUUGGCAGAUGAGUUGGGCCUCGACGAUGAUGAGGAAGUCCAGACAGAUCAAGAUGGGAGGGAAAGCUCUUUCUCUGUCCGUCACAAUCGAACACAGAGCCGCGAGAGCGUCUUCUCCAAGCAUCAUCGACGUAACCAGAGCAAUGAGAGUCUCAUGCGACCAGGUAGCGUUGCACGAGGCAGGCUAAUACUAAAUCAAUCAGUAUUGGAAAGACUUGAAGGUGGCAUUUUGGAAGACGAUGAGUCGGUACUACCGAAGGUCAAAGUCGAGUAUAUUGAUACCGGGUCUCAAUAUUCGCCUCCUCCAUCGCCUGAGUUGCCUGCGUCUGUUCCUCAAUCCCCUGUCGAGCAUUUGGCCAUAAAUGGCGCUGAUGAUAUUGCCAAAGAGGAGAGACUGGAGCCAGAACAUAUUCCACGAGAGUGGGAAAUAGAGGCUAAUCAGCGAAGGAAGCGUGUGCAUGCAAGCCCUUUGAUGAUUGAAGCGUCAAGCGGAGGACGGAUGGUUUCUGCAGCAUCUCAGACUGGCGAAGAGCCUCUGAGCCCUCCUAGAACGCCUAUAUCACCUACCAGAGCCCCCCCACCUCCACCACCAACAGAGCUUGUCGUUACACCCCAAAUGAUAUCAAUGUCAACGCAAACAAAUGCUCCCGAGCUGCAAUCACCCAGACGAGCCGCGCCUCCACCACCAAUCCCAAUCCCAGUCCCCUCCAUUCAGCUACAUCCUCCAACUUCCGCUCCCACAACGCCGCGUGAAAAUCGACUUCCCCAGUAUUUCAAGGAUGUAGGCUGCCAAGUGAGCAUGCAGGUACCCGUACCGUCGAGGUCGAUAUCCGUUCAAACAGAGGAGAUCAGAGUGGAUAAACGAUUAAACUUGCUCCCACCACAUCUCCAGCCUUCCUCAAUAUCUUCAAACCCGCCAUCCCCGGAACCAGGGUAUUAUGAUGUGAACCGAUUUUCACCUGUUCCGGGAAAUAUCCCUCCACGAAGUCCUCGACGUCUGAACCGUCCAAGCAUGGACCAAGAGAUUCCAUCCUCACCACCUGAGCCCACUCGUGGCGAGACCCGUGACGCCUAUCCUGGGAAUAACGAUGAUGGAUUCCUGAACAAAGACAAGGGAUCAAUUCGACGCCCUCACCGUAUCAGCAGCUUGUUCGCGGGGUUCGAGAACGUCAGCUCUGAUGAUGCCGACGACUUUGCUGAUGGAGAUAUGAGUGACAAUGAUUACAGAACUCCUCUAUCAGCACCCAAUCCCCAGUCAGGCACGAACAGAGCCGGCAAGCACCGUGCAUCAGGACCAACAUCAGUCCCGGAGAAUUUGGCGCUUACCGAGGUUUCUAAAGCCACCCCAGGAAAGAGCUCAAUGAAGCAAAAUAGUCAAUACGACGAGUAUGGCGAUUAUGGCUCCGCCGAAGUUCAAUCAGACACGCAACGAACCUCGAUGAAGCCACUUCGUCAGCUCGAUAAGCCCCUAACCCUUGUUACUAAUAGCAAGCCAAAUACCAUGCGCCGUGCUGCUCUCAUCCAAAGUGGUGUAGCUGCACACCAAGGUCGUUCUCGAAGCCCCAGCAUCCCUGAGCUUUAUAAAGAGCCCCCUUUCCCGAUUCCUACUAGGGCUAGCUCUCGACGCCCGCCUGUCAGUACCAGUGCUCCAAGUGAUGGAAAUAGAAGCCCAACCUGGGGACGAGGGUCUGGUAGGGGUCACUACCGAGCAAACAGCAUCCGGAAAGUUCGCUCUGCAACGGCACUUCCCCGAGGCGGCCGAAGUUAUCGCCGCCAGGUUAGUCGAUCUCCUCCGCCAAUGUCGCCGUCAACAGAAGCUCCUGAAAGUCCUUCACUGCCACCGAUGCCUAGCAAUGAAAUCACAACUCCACGGUACAUGAGGGACACUGGCAGUAGUCGGUACCGAAGUCACCGAAAACAACCAUCCGCCACCACGGCCUAUACAGCUACCACGGCCUAUACAGCUAAUACGACCAACACUUCAAACACUGGCAGUGGAUCUGUUGGAAGCACCAACCAAGCUACGAGCGUUGUCGAUGCUAUUGCACAAACCAUGGUUGGCGAGUGGAUGUUCAAAUAUGUGAGACGACGCAAGUCAUUUGGUGUGGCCGAUGCCAGUGGCGCCGAGGGCGAUGGUGUGAACGGUGCCCGUCACAAACGCUGGGUCUGGCUUGCUCCUUACGAACGAGCUGUAAUGUGGAGCUCCAAGCAGCCAACAUCUGGGUCGGCACUAAUGGGUAAGACGGGUAGGAAGCUAGUGGCCAUUCAAUCAGUAUUGGACGUCAAGGAUGACAAUAGCCCCCCUAAAGGAUCAGGACCAAUCUUCAAUCGAUCAAUCCUGAUCUUAACUCCAGCCCGUGCCCUCAAGUUCACUGCUAUUUCACCAGAGCGGCAUUAUGUCUGGCUCACAGCCCUGUCCUUCCUCGCCCACUCAUCACAAGCCGUCCCAGAGAUAGUUCAAGCACCACUUCCAGCACCGCAACCCAUCAUUCCCAAUUUUGAAGUAGCUCAAGGCGGUGGCCGACUCCGCAGAAAUGGCAUCCGCGAUUCCAUUCGCGUAGCCAAAGGCAAAACCUUCACCGCACGCUCAGGCCCGACCAGCGUGCACUCCUCUCAGUAUGGCGGAACGGACCAAAGUAUCCGUGAAGUUGAAUCAAUCCGUUCUAGCCGCACAGAUCCAAUGCCCUCAGCGGCCGAUCCGCCCUUCGUACCUCGUUUCUCCGAACGAGUAAGUUCUCAUGGGCCCCCUCUUAGCCACAACAGGAAGCGUAGCAACACCGGCUCACGGAUUCCACCUCCUCUUUCAUUCCGUGGCUUCUCAAGUCCAACCGGCACAGGUAGUCACGCGCCUACAUCCAGCACUGCUGGUAUGAGUGUGGGCACUAAUGGUUCCUCCGACAUCUACCAAUCCCAGCCUGCUUCCUCAGUCUCAGCAGGCUACACAGGCAUGAGUGUUAGCGGUCGCUCAUCCGUCCGAACAUCGGAUGCUUCCAACAGGCCAGUCAAUAACUUCUUUGAUGCAGUAGGCACGAUGAGGAUGGAGGCUUUCAUUAGCCCCAUGGCAUCGCGUUUUGACGAGUUUCCCAAGGAGCAAGAACAAGUAAAUAUGGUGGGCAUACAUCGGAGAGGGAGCCGAGAAAGACGACGAAGGAGCCGGAAUAGAGACAGCUACUAUUCAAGCCGGGGACGACCGAGCGACGAUUGGUAUUCUGGAAGCAAGACCGCCGGCGAGGAAGAAUAUGGCCAUUUCGACAGUGGGUUCAGUCACGACCCAUUCCGAGGCUUUUGA